CUUUGUUCAGUAAGUGACCUACAUUUGUUUAUGUAGUACACAGUCGACCUUUUGAUGCCAACACAGCUGUUGAUGUGUCAUCCAUGAUGUGUCGUUUUACUUUCAUUGUAUUCUUAGCCUUGGGUUGCCCGUACAAUGCAGAAUUUACUGACUAUUUCGGACAGUCGAGGCUAGUCUACGAAUGGACGACAGUGGACUUCGUGUGGCCGUCAUCAAACGACAGAUCUGAAGCUUUGAGAAGUGGCAGUUUUAUACCUGAGCGAAAUCUUAUUGCUGGGAUUAAGGUGUACAAGGAUACAAUAUAUCUGACCAUACCUCGUUGGAGAUGGGUAUCAGGACAACCAGCUACUUUGACCAAAGUCGUUGAGAUAGGCGGUCAGGCCAAACUUGAACCCUAUCCCAGCUGGGCUGAGCAAAAAGUGGGUGACUGCAAUGCACUCCAGUACGUCCAGAGCAUGGAAGUGGACACCAAUACAGGACUUAUGUACGUCAUUGACACAGGCAGGGUCGGCAUACGCGGGAACGAGACCACGUCGACAAGGUGUCCGGCUAAGAUUGUCGUGUUCAACCUUGAAACUGACCAGAAGGUGAGCAGCUACGAGCUCCCGGAGAGUUUCGUGAGCAGCGAUAACUUCCUCAACGACAUCGUCCUGCAGUACGUCAAUGGCAAGGUCAAGUACGCCUACAUGAGUGACGUGAUUGAAGGCCGCCUUCACGUCUUCGAUUUCGACACCCUUAUGGGUCGCAAUUUCGAGGAUCAAAGUAUGAAGCCAGAGCCAAAUAACGGAACCUUGAUUCGCGUUAAUGGCGUAGACUAUAAUUACAGAGCUGGCCUGGACGGCAUUGCAAUGUCCUAUGACUUUAAAUACAUUUACUAUUGCCCUCUUGGCGGGUAUAAUGUGUACCAGCUGCCUACAGCGUCACUGACUUCUGCUGAAACUCCAAAGCCCAGAUUGCUGGGCAGGAAAAUCUCGCAAAGCGACGGACUGACCUACGGGAUAGAUAGGCUCUACUAUGGAGCCCUGGGGCUUAACGCUGUCUAUUUCUGGUCGCUGGGUCACGCCAUGCGCGUCCAGGGUCUUCCGGCGGACAAGGUCGUCAUGGAGCAGCAGAGCGAGGUGGUUCGCGGUGACAUGGACAAGCAAUGGCCGGACACGUUUGCUUGGGAUGACCAGGGCUACCUCUACUUUGUGUCAAACAGGCUGCAACUGUUCAAUAGCAACACGAUGGACUUUAGUGGGCAUGACAGAAGUAACAUGAGAGUCUGGAAAGUCUGGGUGAAUGACACAAGCUAUUUAUACCAGGCGAAAUUUCGAACAGAGCAGUCCAUUGUUGGUUAGUUCUGUAAGUCACUAUGAGAUUAUGUGUUGAAUAGAUCAACGAAUUUUACUUGACUGCCUAAUCGUCCUCGUAUUUUAAAGUUCUUAAUAGUGGCCUACAGAACUAGACGUUUGUAGAAGUGGAGUUUUAGACUCAUUCUUUUUUUUAUUUUUUAAUAUUAUUUGAUUGACUAAUUGUAUUGAAAAUAAUAAAAUAAAUAUUUGACUGUUUUAAAAUA